CCUACUUUUUAUUCUACCUAUACACUCUCCUUUAUAUUCCUUCUCUCAUCAAUUCCACAACUUAUUCUUCACUUCUCUCUGACAAAAUGGUACAAUCAAACAAGUUCAGAGGUGUCAGGCAACGCCAUUGGGGCUCUUGGGUUUCUGAGAUUCGCCACCCAUUACUGAAGAGAAGGGUAUGGCUGGGGACAUUUGAUUCUGCGGAGGAGGCGGCUCGAGCCUACGACGAGGCUGCGAUACUGAUUAGAGGCCCCAAUGCUAAAACAAACUUCCCAGUGACUGAGGCAGCUGCCAAUGAAAACUCUCCGUUGACAUCUUCUUCCAGAACUCUUUCCGCAAUCUUGAGUGCGAAGCUUCGCAAGUGUUCUAAGUCGCCGUCUCCGUCUCUUACCUGUCUAAGGCUUGACACUGAGAACUCUCAUAUUGGAGUAUGGCAGAAGAGAGCCGGGGAACGUUCCGAUUCCAAUUGGGUCAUGACGGUGGAGCUCGGGAAGAAGGAGGAGCCGGCGGCGGUGGUGUCGCCGGAGCCAAAAGUGGGAGGUGGGCUGGAAGAAGAGGAGAAGGUGGCACUGCAGAUGAUAGAGGAACUCUUAAAUGGGAAUUAACCUUGCACUAUGGAUAUCAUUCACAUGGGGUUUAUCCUUAACUAGGAGCUUCCAUGUGCAGUCCUCCUCACUGCUCUAGUAUUUGAUUUUUCUUUUUUUAACUAGUGCCUUGUGGAAUAAUUGGGUACUGAAGGAGGGGUAUAAAUGUUAUAUAUAUAUAUAUAUAUAUAUAUAUAUAUGUACGUAGAUGCAGAUAUUGGUGCUGCUUCUCUUCUAAUUUCUAUGUGGAAUAUAUAUAUAUAUAUAUAUUGAGUUAUGGCAGAAGAUUUAUGUA